CCAGCGGGCAUUAAUUAGUGAUCGGGUCGAUCCCCCUAUAAAAAGGAGGCGCGCCCACUGCUGCGCUCCAUCUCUGUUCCAGCCAACAUGAGCUACGGAUCGGACGUCUUCUCCUCCUCCUCCUACCGGAGGGUUUUCGGGGAUUCUCCCCGUUAUGCCUCCUCUCCGUCACGCACGGCCGUGAGCGUGUCCUCCCGGGGAGGCUACAGGUCUUCUGGCCUGUCCCGGAGCAGCGCCUCGUCCCUGGGUUCCUACAGCAGGAAGACCGGACGCUCCUACUCCUCCAUGCCGCUGGAGACCUUCGACCUGACCCAGAGCAGCGUCCUCAACAAUGAGUUCAAAAUCAUCCGCACGAACGAGAAGGAGCAGAUGCAGGGUCUCAACGACCGCUUCGCCAUGUUCAUCGAGAAAGUGCGCAACUUGGAGCAGCACAACAAAGUGCUGGAGACGGAGUUGGUGGCGCUGCGCCAGCGGCAGGCCGAGCCGUCCCGCCUGGCGGAGCUGUACCAGCAGGAGAUCCGCGAGCUGCGCUCCCAGCUGGAGGAGCUGAACGGGGAGAAGUCCCAGCUCAUGAUCGAGAGGGACAACAUCGAGGACGACCUGCAGAAAAUCAGGGGGAAAUACGAAGAGGAGUUCCGCGCCCGAGAGGAGGCGGAGGCCGCCCUCAAGGCUUUCAAGAAGGACGUGGACGACGCCACCAUGGUGCGCCUGGACCUGGAGAAGAAGGUGGAGUCCCUGCUGGACGAGAUCAACUUCCUCAGGAAAGUGCACGAGGAGGAGGUGGUCGAGCUGACGGAUAUGAUCCAGGCCGCUCAGGUGUCCGUGGAGAUGGAGGUGUCCAAGCCGGACCUCACCUCCGCCCUCAAGGAGAUCCGCGGCCAGUACGAGUCCAUGGCGUCCAAGAACCUGCAGUCCGCCGAGGAGUGGUACAAGACCAAGUUCGCGGAUCUGUCCGAGCAGGCCACCCGGAGUAACGAGGCCAUCCGGGCCAGCAGGGAGGAGAUGAACGAGUUCAGGAGGCAGCUGCAGUCCAAGACCAUCGAGAUCGAGAGUCUGAGGGGAACCAACGAGUCCCUGGAGAAGCAGCUGCGGGAGAUGGAGGACAGGCACAGUGUGGAGAUCGGGAACUACCAGGACAGCAUGGCAGAGCUUGAAAACGAGCUGAGGACAACUAAGAGCGAGAUGGCUCGUCAUCUGAGGGAGUAUCAGGAUCUACUGAAUGUCAAGAUGGCACUGGAUAUUGAAAUUGCUGCAUAUAGGAAACUACUGGAGGGUGAGGAGACCCGCAUUGGGACGGGCAUCACCUACCCCAGCCCUUCUAUGAGCUCCAGUGUCGGGCAGGGCUACAGCUACCAGACCCGCAUCUACACCAGCUCCGGCAAGGGCUCCAAGAAGGAGGGAAAGGACGAGGAGCAGCAGCAGCAAGCCAAGUCCGGAGGCAAGGUGACGCAGCGUGAAGUUUACGAGGAGACGGUCGUCACCACCAAGAAGAUGGAGAAGCAGCAAGAUGAUAUUCCCACCAUUCAGAAAAAUUAGGUCUGCUAGAACCAGCUGAAACGUACCUUUUCCCCACAUCCCCAUACCUGUCUUCAUGUCCCAUCGUAAAAC